AAGGCGAAGGCGAAGGCGAAGGAGUGAACCCUGGCGACGUGGCAACGAUUUCAGAAAUGGAUGCAGAGGAAUCAACACAUUCCUAUAUGUUAAGUAUCACGUGCAUUUGCAUGCUCUGUACUGUACUGUGAUAGAAAAGAGGGAAAUAAUUUCAUUUCGCAUUGGGAUUUCCAUCAUUUCACUCUCCGGUUGUUGUCUCCGCCCACUUCAUUCUCCCCUCCCCCAAUUCAACUCCUCCCUUUCCCCUUUCUUACUUAUCAGACAAUAAUUGAUUAUUUUUUCCUACGAUAAUGGCCAAUGCAUCUGGGCUGUUUACUCCGGCGCCGCCCAGGACUUGCUCGCCAUGUACACCCAUUUAUCGAUCUGCUUUUUCCUUCUCUCCGACACCGAGAAUACUGUGCUCCAGCAUUGCUCACCGCGCUGAGAAGCUCCCCCCUUCUCAUCAAGCUCAGAUAUUUGUAUAGGGUCGAUAGCAGAGGCUGCAAGUUAGUUGGAUGUGGCUCUGCAGUACCAAGUCUUCAGAUAUCUAAUGAUGAUCUAUCCAAAAUUGUUGAUACUAAUGAUGAAUGGAUAUCAGUACGAACUGGAAUUAGAAAUCGAAGAAUACUUACUGGAAAAGAUAGUUUAACUGAUCUGGCGACAGAGGCUGCAAGGAAAGCUCUCCAGAUGGCAGAAGUUGAUCCUGAAGAGGUGGACCUUGUGCUAAUGUGUACUUCAACUCCAGAGGAUUUAUUUGGUAGUGCUCCACAGAUUCAGAAAGCCCUUGGAUGUAAACACAAUCCAUUAGCUUAUGACAUUACUGCUGCCUGUAGUGGUUUUGUGCUGGGCCUCGUUUCAGCUGCUUGUUAUAUUAAAGGGGGUGGAUUCAAAAAUGUUCUGGUGAUUGGUGCUGAUGCUCUGUCUCGCUAUGUUGAUUGGAAUGACAGAGGAUCCUGCAUUCUCUUUGGUGAUGCUGCAGGUGCUGUACUAAUGCAGGCCUGCGACAGUGAUGAGGACGGCUUAUUUUCGUUCGACAUGCAUAGUGAUGGGGAAGGGCAAAGACACUUGAACGCCAAAAUGAAGGAAAGGGAGAAAGAACAUCAUGAACUAGGUACAAAUGGUUCACUCUUGGGACUUCUACCGAGAGGCAGCUCAUACUCAUGUAUCCAGAUGAAUGGUAAAGAGGUGUUCCGCUUUGCAGUUCGUGUUGUUCCACACUCCAUCGAGUUAGCCCUGGCAAAGGCAGGACUAACCCGGUCGAGUAUAGACUGGUUGCUUCUUCAUCAGGCGAACCAAAGGAUCAUCGAUGCAGUAGCAACACGUCUAGAACUCUCUUCGGAGCGUGUGAUAUCAAACUUGGCGAACUAUGGGAACACGAGCGCAGCAUCGAUUCCAUUAGCGUUGGACGAGGCCGUUCGAAGUGGUAAGGUGCAGGCUGGUCAUACUAUAGCCGCUGCUGGGUUCGGAGCUGGGCUUACAUGGGGCUCUGCUAUCAUAAGAUGGGGAUGAAUCAAUGCAUUUCAUUCAGCAAUUUUGUGACACUGUAAUUUCAGUCUACUCUUCUCCCAUUCCAGUUGUAUAACCACACAAUCUUCUUCCAAACUCCCAUCGUCUCUCUUUUCUGUUUUUGCUCUUAGAAUUCAAUCAGUAAUAAUAUUUAUUCUUUUUUCUUUUCACAUGUAUGACCUGAAAAUUGGUUCUCACUGGUAUUGUUUUUCACUGAUAGUGGUUUAGUGGAAUUGCUUUAAACCAUCUAA